CGGGAUGUUAAGUCAGUGCAGUGAGAAGCUUCCGAGCGACAGCUAGUAAAAAUAAUAUAUUAUUUUCAACAUGAACCGAUUGGUGAUCGCCCUUCUGUGCGCCCUUGUGGCAGUAGCAGUAGCCGCUCCCGCAGGUGAACCCACCCAAAUCCCUAUUCUCAGGCAAGCCCUGGACGGCCCCAACCCUGACGGAUCCUACAACUACCAGUACGAGACCGCUAACGGCAUUCAGGCUCAGGAAGAAGGUCACCUCAACCACGUAGGCACCGAACAGGAAGCUUUGGAGGCACGAGGCAGUUUCAGCUACACCGAUAACGACGGCCAGGUCUACCAGGUCUCGUACGUAGCUAACGAGAAUGGAUUCCAGCCGGAGGGCUCCCAUCUGCCCACCGCACCCCCUGUACCGCCACUAAUCCAGAGAGCUCUUCGAUACAUCGCUGAACACCCCGAGGAAAACGAACAGCAGUAAGGAUACACGACGUGGCGAAAUGUAGGCGUGGAGGACAUGGGCGAAUCGAAGGCGAGCCUCGGGGAAGCGAUCGGGAGAAGCCUGGUGCGGACUUGAUCGCGAUCGUAUCAAGGAUCUAUCAAAGGUUCGAUCCCCGACACGUCUCGAGGCUCUUCGCGCCGUGACUAUUUUUAUAUUUAUGCGCGUUCAUUCUGAAUACUUAUUUUUUUAUAUACCUGUGUAUGGAGAAAAUCUACUGUAAAUAAAUCUCAUAGACAUGC